CUCCGGAUGGAACUCCGAAGUAGCGCCGACCCCGCAGGCACCUGUCACCAAUCCGAUCAGUCCCAACGUCACUUGAAAACUCAACACUACACGACUGCAGGGAUUGAACAGCUACAUAUAGUUUGAAUCACGAGAGUAGAUUCUAUUGAGAAUAUGACAGCUGUUCUCAAACGCCCGCUCAAGCUAGCUCUUGUGCAACUAGCCUGCGGUAUAUCCAAACUCACGAAUCAUCAUCGAAACAUAGGAGCCGACAAGGCCGCGAACCUCAGCCACGCACGCGCCAAAGUCCUCGAGGCAGCAAAGGCUGGUGCUUCGCUGAUUGUCCUUCCCGAAUGCUUCAACUCGCCGUACGGCACACAGUACUUCCCCAAAUACGCUGAGACUCUCCUCCCCUCGCCGCCCACCAAAGAGCAAUCGCCUUCAUACCAUGCGCUGUCAGCACUCGCCGCAGAGGCGAAGGCAUACCUGGUCGGAGGCAGCAUCCCCGAAUUAGAGCCCACCACACAAAAAUACUACAACACCUCGAUGGUGUUUUCUCCCACAGGAGCCUUGAUCGGCACCCAUCGCAAAACGCAUUUAUUCGAUAUUGACAUCCCAGGGAAGAUCAGCUUCAAGGAAAGCGAUUACGGAAAGAUUGGCCUGUCGAUUUGCUACGACGUGCGAUUUCCUGAGCUGGGCAUGAUCGCAGCGCGCAAAGGUGCCUUCUUGCUUGUCUAUCCCGGCGCGUUUAAUACGACUACGGGGCCAAUGCACUGGUCUCUCCUUGGGCGUGCUCGAGCCGUGGACAAUCAGACCUACGUGGCGAUGUGCAGCCCGGCUAGAGACAUGAGCGCUACAUAUCACGCGUGGGGCCACAGCUUUAUCGUCGACCCAAACGCGAAUAUACUCGGUGAGCUGGAGGAGAAGGAAGACAUCGUCUACGCCGAUUUGGACAACGAGACGAUUGAAUCUAUGCGAAAAGGGAUUCCGGUAACGACCCAGCGACGAUUUGACGUCUACACGGAUGUAGGAGAGGUAUAAGUUAGACAAUAUACAGGAUAGCCUUGAACUGUAACGUAUCAUCUUAAAUAAUGAUGAUAAUCAAAUAAUUAAAUAAUCAAAGUGAAGAAGAAUAUCAACUUCGAACAGCCAAUCAUAAAACAAGUUUGUUGUGGGGUAUAUUAUAUCACGUGAUGUAAACCACCCACCAAUGAGACCCCC